UUAAAUCUGAUUUUGUUAGAGAAAAAGAGAGAGGAGAUGAUGCAGCCAAGCAGAACAAGAAGCAGCAGAAGUUCUGAAGAAGCAGAUAAUAUUUUCAAAAUUUCAAACCCAAAAAAAGAAGAAGAAGAAAAAAACCCUAACCCUAACCCUGAAAAUCUUCAUUUCCCAUCAUCACCAAAUGAAAAACAAAGCCCUAUUAAAAAUAAACCACCAUUAGGAAGACCCUCAAGCUGGCCAAAUCACUGGUUCAAAAAAGACAAUCAAAAAACUCUUCAAAACAUUGUUCUAAAGAUGCAGCUUGAAUCUAUUGCUGUUGAUGAGAAGCAGAAAUUAAAACCAUCAACACCAUCCAAAAAGAAAACCCUAAUUCUUGAUUUUACCAACACAGAUGUUACUUGUUUAUUAUCUGAUGAAAUCCUUUUACAGAUUCUUUCCAAGUUACCUGUUUAUCAAUAUAAACCUAAUUCAUUGGUGUGUAAACGGUGGAUGUUUUUAUCAGGUCGUCUUGUUCGUUCUGUUAAGCUUCUUGAUUGGGAUUUUCUUGAAUCAGGGAGACUCGUUUCUCGUUUACCUAAUCUUACAGAUGUUGAUUUAACUAAAGCAUGUCUUGUUUCAACAAAUAAUGCUGGGAUUCUCUUAACACAUAGAUUGAUUUCUAUUCAUCUUGAUUCUGAUUUCUCUGGGGAUUCGUUUAUUCGUCGUGAGAAUUUGUUGUCCUCCAAGGUUAUUGAUUUAGGGCUUGGGAAUCUUGCUCGCGGUUGUCCUAAUUUGCGUAGGCUUGUUUUGAUUGGUGCAACUGAAUUAGGGCUUUUAAGUGUUGCUGAGGAAUGCCCAACAUUACAAGAGUUGGAAUUACAUCAUUGUACGGAUCAAUCUUUGAGAGGGAUUUCGGCUUGCCAUAAUAUACAGAUUGUGAAAUUGAUUGGUUCUGUUCAUGGGUUUUAUAAUUGUGGGAUUACUGAUAUUGGGUUAACCAUUUUGGCUCAUGGGUGUAAACGAUUAGUGAAGCUUGAGCUGAGUGGAUGUGAAGGUAGCUAUGAUGGAAUUAGAGCAAUUGGACAGUGUUGCCAAAUGUUGGAGGAAUUGACUUUGUGCAACCAUAGAAUGGAUGAUGGGUGGAUUGCUGCACUUUCAUUUUGUGGAAAUUUGAAGACUUUAAGGCUUCAAUCUUGUAAGAAGAUUGAUCCGAUUCCGGGGCCAAUUGAACAUUUAGGGUCUUGUCCAACUUUGGAACGCUUGCAUUUGCAGCAAUGCCAGUUUCGUGAUAAGGAGAGUGCAAAUGCAUUGUUUCUUGUUUGUGUGGCAGUUAAAGAGAUUGUUUUUCAAGACUGUUGGGGAUUGGAUAGUGAGAUGUUUAGCUGUGCUAGUAAUUGCAGGAGGGUUAAAUCUAUCUCGUUGGAGAGAUGUUCAAUGCUAACAACAGAAGGGCUGGAGUCUGUAGUUCUGUCUUGGGUGAACCUUCAAAGUCUUAGAGUAGUCUCAUGUAACCAUGUUAAAGAUAGUGAAGUUACUCCUGCACUCUCAAGUUUGUUUUCUGUGCUGAAAGAAUUUACAUGGCGACCGGAUAGCAGAUCUCUUCUUACAUCAAGUCUUGAGGGAACUGGAGUUGGAAAGAAAGGUGGUAGGUUUUUCAGGAGGGUGUGAAGUCUGAAUGUGCCCCCAGAUGUUCAGUAUAAGAGCUCCUGUACACACUUCGAUAAAUUUACAGUUUCAAGUCUUUGAGCAAUUCCACAUUGUCGAUAUGCCCUGGUGCAUCAGCUUGUUACAACAGAGUAGAUUUCGGCAUUCACCACUGGGACCAAGCGUCUUCAACUUAUUUGUUCUUCUGAACUAGUCACUGUUUCUGCUCGAUUUCUCUUGUAGUGUAAUAACCCCUUAGGCGUGCUGUUUCUAACUGAUGUAAACUUGUAUCUGCAUCACUUAUAUUCUGCAACCUGCUCUACUAAUAUAAGAUUAGGAAGGCUAAUCUUGCUAUUCAGUAGUUGUACCAAUUACAUAGGGCUCAUUCGUAGUGGAUUUGUAGUCUUACCAUUUCUUUGUAAUUUAUUUGUACGCAGUUUGUUAAUCUGUUCCCAUUUGGAGAUGUAACAUACUGAAUUGUAUAUAUUUCUUUGUUAAACUUUUAUGGAGCCGUAACAUGGUCCAGCCCCCUUUUCUGCAGU